UAUAUUCAUAUAGUUCUGAUCUGUAGUCUAAGGAUCUCGAAGAUAAUCAACAUGUUUCUCAACACAUUUAAAUCGGGAAUAUUUCAAAAGGAAUUUCGUCGCCAAUUGUUCGUCACCCUGAGUGCUGUGCUCAUCACCUUCUGUCAUGGCAUCGCCUUGGGCUGGCUCUCACCCAUGCUGCCACAGCUGCAGUCAAAAGAGGAGACCCCCUUGGACUUCUUUAUCGAUGUGAAUGAAGCCUCCUGGCUGGGAGCUGCGAUUAGUUUGGGCGGUGUAUCAGGCAAUUUUUUCUUCUCAUUUGUGAUGGGUCGCUUUGGACGUAAAGUGGCUCUAUACGGCCUGGCCAUACCUAAUACGUGUAUAUGGGUGCUAUUUUAUUUUGCUUCAUCCGUUGAGAUGCUCUAUGUGGCUAGGGUUUGUGCGGGUCUCACAGGUGGUGGCAUGUUUGUGGUGUUGCCGAUUUUCAUUAGUGAAAUUGCCGAUAAUAGUGUGCGUGGGCGUUUCGGUUCCUUUUUUUCAUUGGGUAUCAACAUGGGCAUUUUGGUGGGCUUCAUUGUGUCCUCCCAUGUGCCAUAUCACGUCAUUCCGUGUGCGGUUAUUGCCCUGCCGCUGGUCUAUCUAUUUCUGUGCACUCGUUUUCCGGAAACGCCGCAUCAGUUGCUCCGUUGGGGUCGCGAGCAGGAGGCUCAACAAUCUUUGCGAUUUUAUCGUCGUUGCGAUGGUCCCGUCGUAUCCAAGGAAGCGGAGCGAGCCUAUCAAAAGGAAUACGAUACUAUGCUUCACGUUAUACAGCAACAAGUGAAGGCCUCCGAAACAGUGGGCCUGUCAAUUCAAGAUUUCUGCAACAAGCGUGCCCUAAUGGCCUUGCUGACUGGAUUAGUGUUAAUGAUAGCCAAUAUUUUCACCGGCACCUUUGCCUUCAUCAACUACAUGUCCAAUAUUUUCGAAGCUGUCCACACGACUUUGGAGCCCAACACGAACACGAUAAUCAUUGGUGCCGUCCAGAUAUUGGGCACCAUUGCCAGCAUCUACUUGGUGGAUCGUUAUGGUAGAAAACCCCUAUUGAUCAUCUCAUCCGCUGGCAGUGCCCUGGGAACAGCUGUUUUUGGCCUGUAUGCCUUCUUUGCCGAAGAAACGGAUGCCGAUCUAUCGGCGUACUCCGCUUGGCUCCCAGUGGUCAUAAUGGCUGUGAUUAUAUUCAUUGCAAAUGUGGGUAUCAUUUCUGUGACCAUGGUGGUUCUGGUCGAGAUAUUGCCACAAAAGAUUCGAGCAGUCGCCACAAGCUUUUGCUUGGGUUGUCUCAGUUUCUUUGCCUUCACAUCGCUAAAAGCCUUUCCAUUGAUGAUGCAUUAUUUGGGCCUGGCGGCAACCAUGUGGGGCUGUGCCGCAGUCGCUGCUCUGGUCCUGUUCUAUGUGGUUGUCUUUGUCGAGGAGACCAAAGGACGAGUCACCUAUGAGUAAUGUUAAGUCUAUUUAUAAAUUCUUUGUAAGAAAUAAAAUAUAUUUACAGAUAUUUGUAUGAAAAUUGA